UAGAAGGAGGUCCUAAGUUUGCCCAUGCCUGAUCUAAAAAUAAUGUGUUUCAUCCAGGAAUCCCUGGAGUUGGGAGUCCACCUUGCACAAGUUCUAUACUUUUCCUAGCUCUAUGGGCUGUCAGCGUCCAAGCCCCGCCCCUUAAAAGUGACAGGCCUGGCCGGAAGGCCUAGUCUCCCCUCGAAGCGGGUUUCGCGUGACUGCCUCUUUCCUUCAAGACUUGAGACACAGAACGCGACUCAGCGGAGGAAGGCAAGGGCCCUUGGCCUUCCCUGCGAGGGGCGCCGGGGCCUGCUCCCCUUUUCCUACCUCUCUCCUUUCUUUCCCUUCGCUGACCUCGCGAUGGAUUCAAGUGACCGUUCUCCUGAUGAAGGAUUAGAAGACGAUUUCAGUGUUGUAAAUAAAAAAGCAGUGGAGCAACUAACAGAAGGGCUGAUUUCUCAUUAUGUACCUGAUCUCCAGCGGUCAAAACUAGCUUUAAAAGAGCUAACACAGAACCAAGAAGUACUCCUAGAAACUCUUCAGCAAGAAAUCUCAAAAUUUAAAGAAUGUAAUUCUGUUCUUGAUAUCAAUGUAUUGUUUUCAGAAGCAAAGCAUUAUCAUAAUAAGUUGGUCAACAUUAGAAAAGAAAUGAUGAUGCUCCAUGAGAAAACAUCAAAAUUGAAAAAAAGAGCCCUCAAACUCCAGCAAAAGAGGCAGAAAGAAGAACUAGAGCGGGAGCAGCAACGGGAGAAAGAGCUCGAACGAGAGAAACAAUUAACUGCCAAACCAGCCAAAAGAACAUAAAAGCCGGACAUGUAGUGACUUGUUGUGCUGCUAAGGACAUUCUCUGGACUGGCUGGAAAAGCGGUGUUAUACCUCGUAUCCAGAUAUAUAUAUUUUCUUGCUGAGAAGCCAAUUUGUACAAUAUGAAUAGCUUGUGAUUGUUGUUGCCAUACACUGGAAGGUGGGUAGGAGCUUGAGGUUUCAAUAAUGUUUUUGGUUAAUGCUGUGCUGCAUGAUAUUGUCAUGUCAGAUGUUCUGCAGAACUGGAGUAAAACAUUUAUGUCUGACUUUUACAGUAUCUCAAAACGGUCUGAAGUUGGGGUAUACAGAUCCCAUUUAGUUGUUUUCCUUAUUGGCUUACUUUGUUUACUGGACUCUUUUUCUUAAGUCUGGUUCUCCUUUGACUGUCGUCAUGGAUAGAAGGAUAUAAUCAAUACUCUCUGAACAGAUAGAAUGCAAGUGGAGGCUUUGAGCCUCACAUUUUCAGUGGAUUAUUUUGUUUAGUUAAACCUUUUAUUUAUUUAAAUGUUGUGCACCUCACAAUUCAGAGUGGCAAUUGCUAAAAAUUAUUCUCAAUUAAAAAUGCGCAAGGCUUUUCAAUGCUAA